AUGUGGGGGCUGCUCUGGAGCCGCGGCAGUAGCAGCUGGAGCCCCGCGCCCGCCCGCCCCUGGCGCGCCUGGACUGCGCGCGCUGGCCGGAGAGCCCCCGCGGAGAUCGGCAAACGUCGCCCCACCUGCCCCGAGCUCACCGUUUUUCUCUCGCUCUGACUGCAGCUGACCCGGCGAAAGGAGCCUACAGGGCCCUAGGCUGAAGGAAAAACCCCACGGAAGGAACAUGAAGUUCCCUUGGAAAUCAUUCAAAAGGAAGGUGGAAGGGGCUGUCUAAAAGAGAUUAGAAGCUGUAGAGUACAAGACUGGGGUCCGAGGGCUGGCAGUGGAAAACUCUGUUGGGCUGCGAUCUCUCACUGGCAAGUUCCAGGUGCCUUUUUGCUUCCUGCAGAAGAGAGGAAGCAAAGAAGAAGACCAUGUCCAUAGCCCUGAAGCAGGUAUUUAACAAGGACAAGACCUUCCGGCCUAAGAGGAAAUUUGAACCCGGUACACAGAGGUUUGAGCUGCACAAACGGGCUCAGGCGUCCCUCAACUCGGGUGUGGACCUGAAGGCAGCCGUGCAGCUGCCCAGUGGGGAGGACCAGAAUGACUGGGUGGCGGUGCACGUGGUGGACUUCUUCAAUAGGAUCAACCUCAUCUAUGGUACCAUCUGUGAGUUCUGCACUGAGCGGACCUGCCCUGUGAUGUCAGGGGGCCCCAAAUAUGAGUACCGGUGGCAGGAUGACCUCAAGUAUAAGAAGCCAACAGCAUUGCCAGCUCCCCAGUACAUGAACCUUCUUAUGGAUUGGAUCGAGGUUCAGAUCAACAAUGAGGACAUAUUUCCAACAUGUGUGGGUGUUCCUUUUCCAAAGAACUUCCUUCAGAUUUGCAAAAAAAUCUUGUGUCGCCUUUUCCGGGUCUUUGUCCAUGUCUACAUCCACCACUUCGACCGGGUCAUUGUGAUGGGUGCAGAAGCCCACGUCAACACCUGCUACAAACACUUCUAUUACUUCGUCACAGAGAUGAACCUCAUAGACCGCAAGGAGCUAGAGCCCUUGAAAGAGAUGACCAGCAGGAUGUGUCACUGAUGCUCUGUCCCACCCUUUGGAAGAAAGAAAAGCUGUUUCCUCCGGGAGCCCUGUGUGGGCAGGACGUAGACCUCCCUGGCUGAAAUGGCGCACCCACUUCCAGGCGCAGCAGGGGCGGGGGCAAGCUGUCACUCCUGAGGGACGCUCCCCAAUCACUUUGUGUGCUCUUAACCCUCUGAGUGCUGUUCACCCAGACCUGUGGACCAGGCAGACCACACCGUGAAAGAAGGACCAGCCCCUUGAUGCUUCUGGCUCAGGAAUCGUCAGGAGGAGCUUCUGCACUUCCUUGCACGUCACAGUUGUGCCUGUGAACUGCUGCCUAAGCUUUACUGGAAUUCAGGUGUUGAGACUGGGAUGCUUCUUUGUACUUUUCCACUGAUCUCUCUUGUCAGCUGGCCAACUUCUCUGUAAUUGGUUCUCUAAGUACCAAGUGAAUUUUGGAACUCUGAAUGCCCAGCAGGUUUUUCUGUAACAAGCCUUCCCUUCAGGUCUCUGAAAGCUCCUCUUAUCCCGUGGUCUAAUGCUGCCAUGCAGGGCUGUAGAGCUCUGAGAGACCCGAAGUCCCCCCACACCACCCAGGACCCUCUGGCGCCAUCCACACAAUUUCCCUAAAAAGCAGUUUUAUCAGGGACUCCCCCAUGAGGUGGCUUGUCUCUGCCCCAAACAGGGUCUUCGUGUUCUAACUACAGGGAAGAGACUGGUCACUAGCAUAAAGCUAACAAGUUAGCAGUCCGUCUGAUCACCGGCAUUCCUUGUCUCUUCAGUUGAAGAUAUUCUUUCCUGUUUCCCAGAAGAGAGAAAUUAAAGGAAGUUAUAAACGACUAAGAAUUAUCAGCAGGGAUCCUGAGCCAGACUAGCGCAGGGUUAGUUCUUUAUGAAAGGGUGGGGAGCCGUGGAGGUCUGUGUGUGGUACUGACACGUCAGUGGAGAAAUGAAACUCCAUUUGGUUAUUUGGUGUGUGUGGAUUAACACCCAGCCCAUUCAUUGACUUGUCACCUUCCCAACUGGCCCCUCUGAGCAUUCAAACAGCAGAUGUUGUCUUCCUCCUCCACACUCCGCCUUCCUCUGUCUUGUUAUAUUAUGGCACAAAAUUAAUUUCUGCCCCUGUGAUUGUGCCACGGUUGCCACGGUAACAGUGGAACUGGAGCUAACUACUUCCUUCUUCCAUCCUUUCCAAUUUAUUCCAGAAGACAGUCAGGGGAAAGCUUUCUGUACCACAUCCUGCCUUUUGAAACCUCAAUGAGUUUUAGCUGAUGAAAUGUUGCCUUCUCUGAUUCAUUCACAAAACUGUGGUGGUUCUUACAGCCUGUGACCAGGAGGUCAUAACACUUCCAGUGAUCAUUUGAAUUUAGCAAAAUCUCAGCUGGUGGAGGGAAGUAGGUAAGAAUGUAUUUAGUGCAUCUUAAUGUAAUAACGAUUAAAGGAUAACUGAACAACUCUGA